AUACUUUACAUCCGUGUCUCAGUCUUGUGGCGCAACUAAUGUUUAUUUUUCUGUUUCAUCUGCCUGAGUAACAGCUAAUGCACCUUUCAUUGUGUGUUCACAUGUAACUAAAUCGAGAUGCAACCAAAGCAGUAAGUCAUGGAUCUGAGCAUGAAGUCACCCAGUGACCCGAAGGAAGUGGGCGUGUUUCCAUCAGCUGCCCAUAGCACUGAAGCACAGGAGUCUGAUCCGGACGACCACGCAAAGAGUCUCUCUGCCAGAGCGAAGCCUUUUCAGUGCUCUCAGUGUGGGAAGGGUUUUUCCCGCAUUCAGCAUCUGUCCGAACACGUCCGGAUUCACACAGGAGAGAGGCCUUUUGAGUGCUUGGUGUGUGGAAAGACUUUCACCCGGGAGAGAGACCUCAAGACCCAUCAGAUCGUCCAUACGGAUGCGGAGGCCUUUCAUUGCGCGAUUUGUGUUAAAAACUUCGCCCUGUUAUCCUCCUUGAGAAGACAUCUGCGUGCAUUUCAUCAAGGUCAGGAUGUUAGUACAGAGGGUAAGUGUUUAAUUUGUGUUGAAUGUGGGAAAAAUUUUGCAUGCCAGCUGGAUGAACAUGAGCUGACACACACAGGAGAGAUUUCCCACCGCUGCCCCGACUGCGUCACACAUCUAUCCAGUCUCGUAUCUCCCGAUCAGACCUUCUCUGAAUCCGAUGACGUGAACCAUUUGGACGCUCAUGACAAUGAGAGGCCUUGCAGCUUUGUGGCCUCUGAAGAUCUACACAAGCACUUACAAACUAACGCACUUAAGGACGGUAGUGAAUCUCUCUCUCUGGACCUAGUAGACAAUAUUGAAAGCGAAGCACCUAAUGAAAACAUUGCCCAAAGUCAGCAUGAAGAGGCUGAGAGAGCUCCAUCUCCUUCAUCUGAGCUCUCUCACAAUUCUGCACGUUCUGCUGAAAAGGGCUUUGAAACACUGAAUCCUCUUCAAGAGGAAGAGUCUGCAGCUCACCAGCAGGCGCGCGAUGAAAACAAGCCGCAUCAGUGCAAUCACUGUGGAAAGAGAUUUCAUAAGCAAGCGAAGCUUCGGAUCCAUCUGCGCGUUCACACCGGAGAGAAGCCGUACCAGUGCUCCCAGUGCGGGAAAUACUUCAGCCAAGCAGUAAACCUCAGAAAACACCACCGUACUCAUCACACGGAGGAGAGACCCUACCACUGCACACUCUGCAACCGGAGGUUUUCGCUCUCCUUCUCGCUGAUAAAGCAUCAGCAGCGUUCGGUGUUGAUCGUGCAUCGGAAAAUUCACACCGGAGAAAAGCCUUUCGAAUGUUUCAUAUGCUUCCGACGGUUUUAUGGUUCAGGAGAUCUGAAGACACACAUGGGAACUCACACUGGAGUGAGACCCCACAGUUGUCCUUUGUGCUCCAAAAGCUUCCCUCGGCCCAGCAGCCUGCAAGCACACAUGCAGUCCCAUCUGAACAAGCUGCAGGAAGGUGAUGCUGUGACCGCCGGAGCUGAUGUGCUUACUCCUGAGGAGGAGGAGGACCAGGGUGAGCUAGAUGACGUGGAAGGAGCCUGCGGUGUUUCUGCUUCAUCGCAGCUAUCAGCAGUGUUUUCUGGAAGCCUUGGAGCUUCUGAAGACAAAAUGAGCACAGGGGAGCGUCUAUCAGAGACUGAGACAAGAUUCAGUCCAUCAGUGAAUCUUGACCUUGAUGCUGAUCAGAGUUCCAGUUCAGAGCUGACAGAUCAUCAAAAGCCAUAUCAUUGUGUCAUAUGCAACAAAACCUUCUCUCUCGCAAUUUCCCUGAAAAGACAUCAACUUAUAUUUCAUCCAGAUCAGCAUGUCGACAAAGAGGGGAAGUGCUUCCCCUGCUCUUAUUGCGGGAGGAAGUUUGGUCGACGCCAAGGCUUGUUACAGCACGAGCGAAUUCACACAGGUGAAAGGCCCUUCAACUGUCCCACCUGUAACAAAAGCUUUCGUCAGCGAUCGGCUCUAGUUGUACAUAUUAAAACGCACACAGGAGAGAGGUCGUUCCUGUGCUUUGUGUGCAGUAAAAGCUUUUAUACCCCAGGAGACUUGAAGAAACAUCUGGAAAUUCACACAGGAGUGAGGCCACACAACUGCCCUGUAUGCUUCAAGGGGUUUGGGCGUCCCAGUUUCCUCAGAGCUCAUAUGCGCAUCCAUGAGAACGUUUCCACAAAGAAGCAAAGUGGAACAGAGAAACCUACAGGUGGUCCGAAAGUCGACUUGCAGGAGAAGCCAUUUGAAUGCGUUCACUGUGGGAAGAGAUUCAGUCAACAAUGUAUGUUAAAAAUUCACCAGCGGAUUCACACAGGAGAGAGACCUUACAAGUGCUCUCAGUGUGGCCUGGGUUUUUGCUGGAGGAGAAACCUGAUAGCCCACCAGAGCGGCCACCCGGGCGAAAACCCUCUCCAGUGUUCAAUGUGUGAUGAAACAUUUGUUUCUGAAGCAAGUCUGAAAAAACAUCAAGAUGCGUUUCAUUCAGGGGUCUCACAUACAUGCAGUUUGUGUUUGAAGACAUUUACUCAAGCAGCUGGCCUCAGGAAACAUGUGCGGUAUGUUCACGAAGGAGAGCGACCGCACAAAUGCUCUGAGUGCGGGAGAGGAUUCGUCAAACUUUCCGACCUCGCGCGUCACCAGCGCCGCCAUCAUUACGACCGGGGCGACGAACUCUUUCAGUGCUCGCAGUGUGAGCGAAGCUUCAGUCAACCCAGCAGUCUGGUUCUGCACCGACGGACACACACUGAAGAAAAGCACGAGUGCCCUCAGUGCGAUAAGAUUUUCAGUCAGGCGGGACACCUGAAGGUCCACCUGCGCACUCACACCAAAGAGAAUAAACCCAAAUUCGAGUGCCCUGAAUGUGGGAAGAGUUUUGGCCAAGCUAAAGAUUUGGUAGUUCAUCAGAGGGUUCACACCGGAGAAAAGCCGUACCAGUGCCCUCAGUGCAAGAAGAGCUAUCGGCAGUUUGCGCAUUUGUCUGUACAUCUGCGAAGUCACACGGGGGAGAAGCCGUAUCAGUGCCCCAUAUGUCUCAAAUUCUUCGCUCAUUCAUCAUCCAUGAAAAAACACCUGCGUGUAAUGCAUGCAGAGGGAAAAGAUUUACCCGUAUCAAAGGAAGUUGUGAAGGUCACUGUUGGCGUAGGCCCAUCUAACACAACUGUAGAAGUUAAGCAAGAACCAGAGUCUGGUGAUGAAUACGAAUGUCAAGUGAAAUCUGAAGAAAACUGCUUUGCUUUAAUGGAUGACGUGAAGACUGUUACAGUCACUUCAGCUCCUUCCAGUCCGAUAUCAUCUGUGACUUUUAAAGAUGAAAAAUGAAUGUGGAUGGAAACGAGGGUUUCUCACCAACAGUCUGCCAAACAUCAGAGCGCAUUGAAGAAUCUGCAGCAUCACCUAGUUUACUCAAGCCAAAAAAAAAUUUUUAAGUAGAAUUGCAUUCUACACUUACUCCAGAAGCUGGUUUCCAUCCGUGAAGACUCCAGCCUCCUUAAUUGGAAAGGCGAUAUUGAUACAAAGAACUUUGAUCAACAAAAAUCCACACCACGGCUACAUAACACCUGUGCUUUAGGUGUUUU